UCCAGUAGGUGGCGGUACAUUGAAAGCGCCAGCUGCUCGUAACCGUAAGUAGAGAAGAAGAGUCUUUAUAAUCGCGUGACGUCACGAACGACCCUCACAUCUUUGUCAGUGAACAAAAUGGCAACCUACUGUCUGACUGUGGCCCGGCUCCAGUUGGCCCUGGGUCAUGGUGCACGGCGUCUGCAUGUAUCGGCCGCUUACAGAGCAAAGGCCAAAGUGGCCAUGAGCCGCUUUGAGCCCACUUCCUUUGUCAACUACAAGAAGCUUCAAAGCAACGUUGAAGUUGUCCAAAAAAGGCUCAACCGUCCUCUUACUCUGUCAGAAAAGAUUGUGUAUGGCCACCUCGACAAUCCCCACAACCAGGAGAUUGACCGCGGUCGCACCUACCUGCGGCUGCGACCCGACCGCGUGGCCAUGCAAGAUGCCACGGCUCAGAUGGCAAUGCUGCAGUUCAUCAGCAGCGGCCUGCCAAGGGUGGCCGUGCCCUCCACCAUCCACUGUGAUCACCUAAUUGAGGCCCAGAUUGGUGGAGUCAAGGAUUUGGCCAGGGCAAAGGAAGUGAACCAUGAGGUCUACAACUUCCUGUCCAGUGCUGGAGCGAAAUAUGGGGUAGGCUUUUGGAAACCUGGCUCCGGAAUCAUCCAUCAGAUCAUCCUGGAGAAUUAUGCAUACCCAGGAGUGAUGCUCAUUGGCACAGAUUCCCACACACCGAAUGGUGGUGGGCUUGGUGCCAUCUGCAUUGGAGUGGGUGGGGCCGAUGCAGUAGAUGUCAUGGCUGGAAUUCCCUGGGAGCUCAAAUGUCCCAAGGUGAUUGGUGUGCGACUGACCGGCUCUCUGUCUGGCUGGACUUCUCCAAAAGACGUCAUCUUGAAGGUGGCGGGCAUCCUCACAGUAAAGGGAGGCACUGGAGCCAUCGUCGAGUACCAUGGACCAGGAGUCAACUCCAUUUCCUGCACUGGAAUGGCCACUAUUUGCAACAUGGGAGCAGAAAUCGGAGCAACAACUUCUGUGUUUCCUUACAAUCACCGCAUGAGAACCUACCUAGAGAAGACUGGCCGAGGAGAGAUCGCUGCAGUGGCUGAUGAAUACAAGGAUUUGUUGGUACCAGAUGAAGGCUGCGAGUACGACCAGAUCAUCGAGCUCAAUUUAGAUGAGCUCAGGCCGCACAUUAAUGGACCUUUCACCCCUGACCUGGCACACCCCGUGUCUGAGGUUGGUGCUGUGGCCAAGAAGAACGGCUGGCCAUUGGAGGUCAAAGUCGGUCUGAUCGGCAGCUGCACCAACUCCAGCUAUGAGGACAUGGGACGCGCUGCCUCCCUGGCCAAACAAGCUCUGGACAAAGGCCUAAAAUGCAAAGCUCAGUUCACAGUCACACCUGGGUCAGAGCAGAUCCGUGCCACCAUCGAAAGAGAUGGAUAUUCAAGGAUCCUCAGUGAUGUUGGAGGUGUGGUCCUUGCCAAUGCAUGUGGACCCUGCAUUGGACAGUGGGACAGGCAGGAUGUGAAAAAGGGAGAGAAGAACACCAUUGUUACAUCCUUUAACAGGAACUUUACUGCCAGGAAUGAUGCCAACCCUGCAACACAUGCCUUUGUCACCUCUCCUGAGAUCGUCACCGCCCUCGCCAUUGCUGGGACAUUAGACUUUAACCCAGAGACAGAUUACCUCACAGCCCCCAACGGGGAAAAGUUCAAGCUGGUGCCCCCCACUGGAGACGAAUUACCGGCCAGGGACUUCGAUCCAGGGCUGGAUACCUAUCAGCAUCCUCCCAGUGAUGGCACCAGCCUCACGGUGGAUGUCAGUCCUCAGAGCAACCGGCUGCAGCUGCUGGAGCCUUUUGACGGUUGGAAUGGAAAUGAUCUGGAGGACAUGGUGGUGCUCAUCAAGGUGAAGGGAAAAUGCACCACAGACCACAUCAGCGCUGCAGGACCCUGGCUGAAGUUCCGCGGUCACCUGGAUAACAUCUCCAACAACAUGCUGAUCGGUGCCGUCAACAGUGAGAACGAUGCUGUCAACAAGAUAAAGAACCACCUGACAGGAGAGUACGGAGGAGUACCGGAUGUGGCGCGACACUACAAGGCCAAUGGCCUGUCGUGGGUUGUGGUUGGAGAUGAUAACUACGGCGAGGGCUCCAGCAGAGAGCAUGCAGCUCUGGAGCCCAGGCAUCUGGGUGGAAGAGCCAUUAUUGUCAAGAGCUUUGCCAGAAUCCAUGAAACAAACCUGAAGAAGCAGGGUGUGCUUCCCCUCACCUUCAGCAACCCAUCAGACUAUGACAAGAUCCGCCCUGAUGACAAGAUCUCCAUCAAAGGACUUAAAUCUUUUGCACCAGGAAGGCCCCUGGCUGCAGUCGUGAAGCACAGUGAUGGCAGCCAGGAGACCCUGGAGCUCAACCACAGCUUCAAUGAGACCCAGAUUGAGUGGUUCCAGGCAGGCUCAGCCCUCAACAGGAUGAAGGAGAUGCAGCACUGAGAGUGGAGGAAAGAAAAGGAUGAAGUUCAGGGGGAAAACAGGGUGGAGAAACUUGGGAAGAAACAGAAUGUCAAAUAAUUGUUUCAUUACCAGGAUUAGCCUGCAGUUUUGACUGAAUUUUAAAAGUUGAGGAAAGUACGACUACUUUUAAGUGUCAAGCUAAUGUUGUUGAUGGAACAGUAGAACUUGAUUCAUUAAAUUUGUUUAUCCUCAUGCAUCAAUGUUAAGCAUAUUUAUGAAAUGAUUUGAGGCUGCAGUGAGAACCGGUUAUAAAUGGGUGUCUGGUUAUAAACCUGGACACACUAAGCUGUGACCUGAACGGUGACCUAGUAAACAUUGACCCCUGGAUACUAUUAUUAUAUUUCUGCAACUGUUUAAACAAGUUGGUAAAAUGUUGACCAGCUGCUCGCCCAGCUGAAUGCAGUCACUCUGCUGCUUUAUGGUCAUCUUAUCCUUGUGUUGUUCACAGGUAAAUAUUGUCAUUUCUUACAUUUCUGGACCCACUUAGCAAAGUUGUGUUAGAUCACAUGGACCUAAAAAUAAACUUGACUUACACACUUAAACUUGUUCUUCUGCCCCUUGGUGGCAUAAAGGAGGUAUUGCAGUACGUCGAAGCGGCAGCAGGCAGACCUGUUAUGUACUGAACAUCAGUUAACCGUCUAUCUAACAGAGUGAGACCACUAGGUCCUAUUUAUGUCUUAGAGUAGGUUUUCAUCACAGCGCAGCAUCACUUCAUGUGCAGAUACAUUUGAUUUAUCAUGGUGUGAAAAUAGUAUAACCCACCCUCUCCUUCCCUGAUUCUUCCAGCGCUCUCAUGAUCAAUUCUAAUGAGGUCAAGCACAUUUUGCAGCAUGUUGUUUUUCUGCUCUUAUGUAUUUAUACGUUUUUUUUUUCUGCAGCAGCUCCAGACCCUAAUUAUUGCAUUCACUGGGUAAACUUGCAUUCGGUAUUUUUUAGUGCUCUUUAUGUGCAGUUUUGUUUUUCUCCCUGAAUAAAUCACUAAGCUGAGAAUGAGUUAAUUGAGCAGUGAUAAUUUUAAGAAAUAUAUAAAAAUGUUCUUUAACUGGGCCAUUGUUUAUUUAGAUCAAAUUCCCCAGCAAUACUUGGAACUCUGGGGAAAUGGUGGAGUACAAUUUGUCAGAUAAGAAACAGAUCUUCAAAUCUUUGACCCAAAGGUUUAUUCUGCCAAUCAGAUGAAGGCUCUUCCUUUAAGCCACUUCAUGUAAAGUGUCUGAUUCGUUCUGCGGUUCAGUGUUUGUUCUCAGAUUAUCAUUUCUGUAUCACAGAAAUUUCAACAGAUUGUAAAAUAAAGAUUCACUGAUAUCAUUUA